UUAAUCGAGUUUUUCUUUUCAUUCUUCCUUCACUCACUGCGUCAAACGAUGUGGCGAGUUUUUAAUGGUUUGUUUGUGUUGUUUUGUUAGCGUUAACUGUCGAGAUUUAUGCGGUCUCCAUUAAUGACCCCCACACAGGCGCGCGCACGGGGUUAAAAAGAAACGCACUAGUCUUCAGACCUGAGGAAGAAGAUGGCAGUAACUACGAGUUUGGUCUUCAUUACAUGUCUCUGUUUUGCUCGAGAAUUUGUUUUCUGCGAUGACUAUGAAGAAAUUGGAAAAGACAUCACACUAACUCCAAGCAUCCGUGGAAAGCCUACAGAUAUACUGUGGAAACACAAUGAGAACAUGGUUCUGUUGUACGACGGGAGGGAGGUGGUGGAGUACGCCUCGUUCAAGCACCGGGUGGUUGUUGAUUUCGAAACAGGACAGCUCACAAUAAGAAAACUAACCAGCCAAGACAGUGGAGAAUAUCAAUCUGAAAUUGUGAUCAAUGGGAAAGUUCAGACCUCCAGUCAUACUGUGACAGUUUUGGAUGUUCUGCCAGAGCCUCAGGUGACCUGUGAACCGGGUGAGACUUCAGAUGUUAAAAAGCUGUUGUGUUCGGUGGAAUCCCGAACUCAGCCGAGCUAUAAGUGGAGUGGACCGAAUAUAAGGGUUCACCCGGGACCAGAGCUUCUUGUUGAAGAACAGGAGGAGAACCGUGACUCGGUCUAUACCUGCACUGUGAAGAAUCAAGCUAACAGCAGGAGCACAGACUUUACUCUGGCAGACUGCCCCACAGGGAGAGCAGCGACUGCUGUGCUGGUUCCAGUCAUAAUAAUAGCAUUACUUCUCCUCAUCCUGCUUAUUCUACUGGGAGUAUUCUUAUACAGACGUAAAGAAAAGUCAAGACAGUCUGCCUUGAAGAAAAUGGACCUUGAAAAUGGUGAAGGCCAUAGCCUGAUGAGAAAUUACCAAAAGGACGUUAUGCCAGGUUCGUCUGAAGCCACGCUCCCUAGUCACGCCAGACUUCCCCCUCAAAACCAAUCUAUUAUGGAUAAAAAAUGGGAUCAGGGCAACGGAGCAGAGAGUUCAGGUGAAACUAAUGAAGGACACAAACCUUUGAAGGAAACAAACAAAUGUACUCUUAAACAGAGUCCACAAUCUGCUGUGUCAGAAACAAACCAUGAGGACACCGAAAGUGGAAAUAAAGGAGAACUAGACCAAAAUGUGAAGAACAGCGAACAUGCAGUUGAAGCAGAAGAAAACACUCACAGCGAUCCUGAUGAAACUGAGAAGGAGAGACAAAAACAGAGACUAGAAGAAGAGGAGAAAGAGAACAGUCAGAAACAGGAGAGCGGAAAUGAAGAGGAGUUUCCUGAGCAUCAGAACGAGAGGAAAACUGAAGAUAACCGUGAGGAUGAUCAGACGCCAGGAGAGAAAGAAGAGACGAAAGACAGAGGAGACACAGAGACUGUGAGUCAACAAUCUGCUGUGACAGAAAGAAACUCUAUGGAUUCAGAAAAUGAAGCAGAACAACGACACCAAUAUGAGAAGAAGAGCCAAAGUGAGGAAGAUGAACAAUCAGCGGAGCAGCCGAAUGAGAGCAUGAGAAAUCAGAAAACCAAAGAUGUGGAUAAUCGUGAGGAUGACAUGAGACCAGGAGGGAAAGAAGAGAGAAGUGAGGAGAAAAACCUGGACGGGAUAGGCCGAACAAACACAGCCGAGGCUGGCGUUCGUCCCGCCGUGGAUCCGCCGCUGGACGGCGAAGCUCUCAGUUCUCCGGCGGAUUCACCGGCUAACCCGGAGAAGAAACCAAUGAACAGCAGUGACUCGUCUUCAAAUCAAACUGACCCAAAAGAAGUAGUAAGGGAACUUUCUGGAUCAGAGCCGGAUGAGGAAGAAACGGUUGUAACAAAUCAGGAACAAAAGGCAGAAGGAAAAACACCCGAGCCAGAGAUAUCUGAGGAGCAAAGCUGCCGGCAGCUCGGCGAUGGGUUGAGUAAACAAGAUAAAGAAGUGCCAAAUAAAUCAAAGAUGACUGAUAAAGACCAAAGCUUUAAACUGAUUGAACAUAAUGCAAAGACUAAAGAACCAGCGGCAUGCCUGUGCCAGAGGACAAGAAACAACACGAAGGACCGUCCUAGUUCAGAUCUGGAUUUGAGCACACAGAGACACACAGUAUCUGGUGGAGAACAGACGGGGAGAUCAGCAGUGAAGUUUCGUCAGCUGGGGAAGAUAACAGACAAACAUUGGUGGAGGAGUGAGAAGGACAACACUGGAGGAGAUAAUGAAGGGAAUGAUAAACACAUCCUACAGCGGGUGGAGCGGAUGGGAAGCCUGUGUUUGAACGAGAUGAGAGGAGUCUGA